GGUGCUUUAUAAAGACGGAGUUCCCUUUUCCAAGUCAUCCUGUUACCAGCUGCUGAUUCUUCCACAUCGAACAGUCACAACAAGAUGGCAUCGUGUCUUCUUUUCACUCUGCUCUUCUGCAGCAUGUUUAUUGGAGCAAAUACUCAGUGUGCUUCACAAGCUUGCUCUUACACCUGCCCUACUGGUUGGACUCAGCAUGAAUGUUACUGUUACCAGUUUCAGGGCGUUGAAAGAGACUGGGCUUCUGCUGAGCGUUUCUGCAUUCAACUCAAAGGGAAUCUGGCUUCCAUCAAAAAUACAGCUACGUACACCUUCCUGACCAAUUUCAUCUUCAGUGCAACAGGAAGCCACAGAGUAACUUGGGCUGGAGGCAAUGACGCUGUAAAGGAGGGUGUGUGGAUGUGGACCGAUGGGUCAGAAUAUACCUUCAGUGGCUGGAACGCUGGGGAACCAAACAACGUGAAUGGGGGUGAAAGCUGUAUGGAGAUGAACCAUGGAGGACCAUUAAAGGCCAACGAUGAGAAAUGCACCAAAACAAGUCCUUUUGUUUGUCAGAAAAAGGCAACCAUGAUCAUUUACGCUUAAUGCAGUGAUGUCACAUCCUCUCUGGUGAUGUCAUUUCCACCAGAGAUGCCAAACGUCACUGACAUGUCUUCUACAAGAUAUUUUGACAAAUCUGAUUUAUUAUCAAUUCUAACCAAUAUUACAAAUAAAGGCAUGUUAAAAUGUU